GACUCCUCACAGCGGAGGAUCUCUCGGUCCUUUCCCCGGCUAUGCUUCCAGGGGGCAACGCUGCAGUUCAACUCCGCGAGUCCAAUUAAGUCGCCUUGACUCUUCCCCUCUGGAGCGCGGAGAGCGGCGGGACAUGUCGCUCCACCCGCCGCGGAUCGUGCAGCUCUCCGCCGCCGCCGCCUCCCUCGCGGUGGUCUUCGGCCCCGACGACGAGGAGAAGUCGGCGGAGGAGAGCCGCCGGAGCCCCGCCACCGGGCUGGAGGUGUUCGCCGACUUUAAGGCGCAGAACACGCGCAGCUUCUGGAAUCAGCGGCUGGUGAGGGCGAUGGGCGAGGUGCACUUCCAGGGCUGGAUGGACAACUUGGUGCUUUUUAUCCAGGGAAGCUCGGCUAGCUUGGAGGUGCUGAGGGAAGCGUGGAUGAGAAGAGCCCUCAAGUCGGCCGCCGGCUUCGUCAUCAGAGCCGUGGGCGACCUGUCCCCCUUGCAGAUGUCCCCCGUCCCCCAGUCGCAGUUCAUUCCUUUGGCGGAAGUGUUGUGCUCCGUCAUCUCGGACAUGAACUCGUCCCAAAUUAUCGUCAGCCAGGAGACUCUCGUCAAUCACAUGAGCAGAUCACAUCCAGGGAUAACCAUCCCAACUCAGGACAUUCUCUACAAUACCUUAGGCACUCUGAUCAAGGAGCGCAAAAUUUACCACACGGGUGAGGGCUACUUUAUCGUCACACCUCAGACUUAUUUUAUCACCAGCAACAUGGCCAGAGAGAAGACCUGGUGGACUUCGGGCUCAGCAGACGAGCCCCCCUCACCUCCUAUUACUUACCUUCUGAGCAAUGACAUCUGUGUGGAGAGCACUCAGACGCCCUCGGCGGCUCACUGCAAAUCUUGCAGCUGCUUCAGCCUGCUCCCGAUGGCCACCAGUGAGCCCGCCACUAACUUAACGCCCGCCCUUACUCCAUCUGCUGUGCCCGAUCAGCAUUCUGUCUCCGUUUCCGUCAGCGAGUCCACAGCCAAGAGCUUAAAGUGGCCUCGACCGUUGGAUAACAAGCCCUCGGUGCAGCAUCAGUCCACCUCCACGACGGCAGACUGCCAGGCUAGCGACGUCAGCAAAACCACAGGAGCGAUCAACGGUGUUGCCCGCAAAGAGAAAGACAGCAAACCGGGCAGGAAGUUUGGUCUCAGUUUGUUCCGGAGGAACGGCGGUAAAAAAGAGAAGCCAAAGAAGGAGUAUGCAUCGUUUUCAGGGCAGUUCCCACCCGAGGAGUGGCCAGUAAGAGACGAAGAUGACCUCAAUAACUUACCCCGUGACCUGGAGCACGCCAUCAUCAAGCGCAUAAACCCUGAACUGACGGUUGACAACCUGACACGUCACACAGUUCUGAUGAAGAAGCUAGACGAGAGGCAGGAGAAGGCCGCGGACAAAGGCGUAGACAAGGGUAUGUCAACAGAUCUCCUAACAAGUUCAAAACCGAGGCACCACCACCACUCUUCCAGGUCAGCAAAAAGAUCUGCUCAGAAAUGUUCUCGUAGCAAAUGGCGGGUGCACUCCUCCAAAGAAAAGCAACGGGAGAGGAUCAAGAACAGGCUUCCUCCAUGUGCCAAUGUCUAUCCAGAGAGGGAAGAUUUGAUCCCCACCCGACUGCGAGUGGAAAUCCCAAUUGAUGAACCCUGUAAAGCAGAUGAUGCUGUGGAGGGUAUAUCGCUUUACAAGAAACGCAUUGAAAACCCUUUCAAUGCUCCAGAACCUGGAAUUCUUCCUGUUGCAGUCAGUUGGGAUCAUCGAAAACCAAAAGAGGGCAGGCCAUCGGGGAGGAAGGAACGAACGUGUCAUCGCUCCAAAUUGUGGGACUCUCAUCGGACCAAGGUGGGUGUAGCGGAAGCAGAACAUACGGCGAAAUCCCCCACGUCUGAAGACAAAUGCGACCAGGAGAGGGAUGCCAUUUGCGAUCGUCUGCUGCAACCCGACCUGAAGCUUUGCGGAGAGUUGCCGCCGGACUACAGCUCAGCUUAUCCACAGAGCUGCACGCUGAGGAUCGAUGACAAGAUUCAACAUCGGAUGGAAGGAAGCGGAGCGGAGAGCUGGGAAAAACCUCAACUGAAAGAUGGCAAGAACCAAGCUUUGGACAAUGGCCUCUCAAACAUGCAUCAGUACACCAGUUCCAAUACAAUCCCAACUCAGGCCUGGCCCAAAACCUCUUUACAACGGAAGCACUCGCUCAGACUAAACAAAACGCAAAGAGACGAUUCCCAGAAGACCGAUCAGCUUUCAACACGUCAUCACGCAAAGGACGUAAGAACAAUCACUGUCAUUAGAGAGCAAGGUACUUUGGGUGUGGUAGAGCCAGUAGUUGAUGACAUUCCCCCAGGAACAGAGACCGAAGAUGACUACAGACUCUAUCAAAGAGCAGACCAUCACCAGGACGAAGAUACCUGCAGCUCCCUGUCCUUGAAUGAGGAGGACCUUAUACCAAACUACCUUCACCCUCACUUAGUCUACCAUCAAUACGAUACCGAAUCCAAGUGUCAGGAAUCCAGCGGUCACUAUUACGACUCCAGCUUUCCCCAUCAACAAGUCUCCUCCAUCAACAGCCACUCAGCCACCGAGAGGGAGGCUUCUCUGAGCCCCAGCAGACUCUGUGAAACCACGUGGGGACGUCAGCAUCCUCAACAGAGUGCUAUAUCGCCUCAAGAGGAACCAAGCUCUGGGAAAGAAGCCCUGGUCCAGGAAGGAUUACAAGAGGCCAGCCUUGAAUGCGACUGCCCUGCACCUCCGGAGGCCUUUGACAGUAGCAUCUUUGACUACUGCCCAGCAAGUGGGGUGGAAUCAGACGCAGAGACUGUCCGCAAGUCUACAGACGAGGGUGACGGCGAAUCGGCUCACUGGGUGGCGGAAGUGAAAGAAGCACAAGGAGAGGAUUACCAUGAGAUGGGAGUUUCCCGGACCCCAGGAGGUGAUCUUAGCGGGCCCAGGGCAAUGGAGAAUGGCGAUGCAGUCGAACUGGUCGAGAACCAGAGCUUUACAGGAGACAGCGGGAUAGAUUCUCCACGAACCCACAUAAGUUUGGCUUCAAGCAACACAGUCAUUCUGGAGGGUCUCAAGAGGAGGGGCUUCCUACAGAACCUGGACAAACUGCACUCCAAAAGCAGCACCAUUCGACCGCAGAGCUCGCUGCUGCAGCUCACGCCCGUCAUGAACGUGUAAGAAGGAACCUCGAAAAUCUCGUGUGCUUUAAUCUCAAAUUCGGUGCAAAAAAACAGUACAGAUGUUUGCAUGUAUAUUUGUAAAUAUUUUCUAAUAUGAUAUGCCAUAUAAGUUCCUAGACAACAUUGUGUACCUGCUAAAUGUAGGUGGGGUAUCAACAUUUAUGGGUUAACCAUGUAUAGUUUUGCAUACAUUUUCUCUUUGGUUAAAUUGUGCCUUUUAUUCUUGUAGGAAUU